CCCGCCCAAUCCUGGCGCGCCCAGGCAAUUUAACUUGGUCUUGUCGCUGUCGCGACAUUUCUCCAUCCUCUCUUUUUUUCUUCAUCAGCACUGGCUUCAUCACCAGAUCAUCGCUGUUGAACCCGUCUGUUGCCCGGAACCGAUAUGGAUAGCAAGUAAAGCUGCUGUUGCUGCUUUUUUAUUCCUUCAUCAACCAUCGUCCGACGUCAUGGUUACCUCCGUGCGCAUCUGCGUCUGCGGUGACGAGAGCACUGGCAAGUCCAGCCUGAUUGCUUCUCUCGUCAAAGACCAGUUUGUAAACAACAAAAUUCAACCCGUCCUCCCGCAGAUCACGAUCCCGCCUAGCAUUGGCACGCCAGAAAACGUCACCACAACCAUUGUCGACACAUCGGCUCGACCUCAGGAUCGAACAACGCUACGCAAAGAGAUCCGAAAAUGCAACGUCAUUCUCCUUAUCUAUGCCGACCACUACAGCUACGAGAGAGUCGCUCUCUUCUGGAUGCCCUACUUCCGAUCCCUCGGCGUAAACGUCCCUGUUGUUCUGUGUGCCAACAAGUCAGACCUUGUUGGCCAGGCCGAUACUCCACAGGUUGUUGAGGAAGAGCUACUGCCUGUCAUGGCUGAAUUCAGAGAAAUCGAUUCUUGUAUUCGUGCCAGUGCUCGUGAGCACCGCAAUGUGAACGAGGUCUUCUUCCUCUGCCAAAAGGCUGUAACGCAUCCCAUCGCACCUUUGUUUGACUACAAGGAAGGCCAGCUCAAACCAGCAUGUGUUGCAGCUUUAAAGCGAAUCUUCUUCCUCUGCGACAAGGACCAGGAUGGCUACCUUAACAACGAGGAGAUGCGAGAGUUCCAGUCCAAGUGCUUCGACAAGCCCCUCACAGACAACGACCUCGAAAAUAUCAAGGCUUCCAUUGCCAAAUCGCUACCUGAUUCAAAUAUGGGGCACGGUGUUGACCAGAAGGGCUUCCUGCAGCUCAACAAGAUUUAUGCAGAAAAGGGCCGCCACGAGACGAUUUGGAUCAUUCUGCGAAAGUAUCAUUACACCGACAGCUUGAGCCUGGAGGAAGCUUUCCUUCACCCCAACUUCGAUGUUCCCGAAUACUCUUCAGCAGAACUCAGUCCCGCUGGCUACCGCUUCUUUGUGGACCUCUUCCUGCUUUUCGACAAAGAUAACGACGGCGGUCUCAACGAUGAGGAACUCGAAGCGCUCUUUGCACCCACUCCCGGGCUUCCUGCCUCAUGGACCGAAUCAUCAUUCCCUUCGUCAACUGUGCGUAACGAAGCUGGCCAUAUCACACUUCAGGGUUGGCUCGCCCAGUGGAGCAUGACGACCUUUUUGGAACCCAAAGUCACCAUUGAGUACCUGGCAUACCUGGGAUUCGAACCUGCCACAUUGAAAGACUCCAUCACGUCAGCGCUCAAAAUUACCAAGUCUCGUAAGCGCAGACGCCGCCCUGGGCGUGUUGAGCGAAACGUAGUGCUCUGCUACCUCAUUGGUGCCCCCGGCGCCGGCAAGUCGUCUCUUCUCGAUGCGUUCCUGAACCGACCAUUUGAUGGCCUCUAUCGACCAACUAUUAAACCAAGACGAGCGGUAAACAGUGUCGAGUUACCUGGCGGAAAGCAGGUCUACAUGAUAUUUGAAGAGCUCGGAGAGCUAGAACCGGCCAUCCUCGAGAACCAGAGCAAGCUAGAUGCUUGCGACCUCAUCUGCUACGCCUACGACUCGUCCGACCCCGACUCCUUUUCACACAUUGUCGAUAUGCGCCAAAAGUAUGCCCACCUGGAUGAACUUCCGUCGGUAUAUACCGCCCUCAAGGCCGACCGAGACAAGACAACUCAGCGCAGCGAAUUACAACCCGAUCAAUACACCGGCUCACUGAAUAUGAACACUCCUUUACAUGUCAGCGUAACGUGGAACAGCAUCAGCGAGCUCUUCGUUGCGCUCGCAGAGACCGCGACCAACCCCAGCAACGGGUUCCCCAAGAGCGAGGAAGACGCCCCAGACCGUACAGGACUGUAUCUGGCUCUUGGUGCUACGGCCUGCGCGGCUGUUGCCGCAGUUAUGAUCUGGCGCCGGUCAACUAAUGCGGCUUGAAACUAAUCUAUUAUUACUUUUUCUAAUCAUAAUUCCCAACUCUUCUGGUACGCGUUUUCGCUACUUUGCGAGAACCUCAGCAACUACACCGGGGUAGCUUGAUACCACAUUCUCUAGCGAGAAAUAUGGAAGGAUACAACCAACCACCUUGGUUAACUAGUUGCAGGACUGUACUUUUUGCUUUUCUCUCUCUUUUAACUGCGUCGGGAUGGCCGCGCGGCGCUAGGCUAUCUGCAUGGAUGGGGUGUUGGGCUUGCCGUCUUACGACACUAUGUAUUUAUAUCAUGAUACCCAACUAUAUACACACGCUCGUUUCACACUCAUAUCCACAUUUGAUGUAUUUUGUUUUUUGCUAUUAAUUUUGAGUAAGUUGAUUGUAGUCUUGAUACAUGCUUUUGAAAACGUCCGACUGAAGGCCACGUUCUUAAACCUUGUAGAAACAGAAGCCAAGAUAGAAGCUAGCUGCCUCGAAUUCGUCAUCAGACAAGAGUAGGGGACCACCGCCUCUCUCUCUGACACCCAUACGCUCGCUGAGCGGGCCAAGCUCACGGUCAUCUUUUUCCAUCUCCCAGAUCUCAUUGAAUGGCUUGUGGAAUUGCAGUUCGAGAUUGAAGUCUUCGGCGAGCGCACGGAACGCUUCCCAAGGAACAACGUAUUCAGGGACCUCCUCGACAGCCUCUUCCAGGAAGAAGCUAUACUUCCAGCCAAAAGCCGGACGGAAGAUGCCAUCGUCAGGCGUCUUGCCAGGGAAGCGGACGCGGUAAAUGGAGUUUCCCCAUUCUGCUGUGGGCUCUUCCUCGCCCUCUUCCAGCUCACCGUCUUCAGGUUCUGCAGGAGGCGGUGUUCCAUUGGCCUUUUCGGCAUCUGCUGGCGCUCCAGCGGCGGCGGCAGCUUCACGCUUGGCCGCUGCCUUGGCGUUGAAUGCUCGCACCUUUUCACUGAUGAUAUCUGAGUUCGGGAUGCAGCCGAGGAAACGACCUCCCUUUUUCAAUGCUCCUGCAACGUUGCGCAGCAUGUUUCGCGCAUUUGUUUCUGAUUCGAAAGCGUAGUGCAUGGAAAACAUCAUGCUAACGACGUCAAAGCCACGACGGUUCAUUGGCGACGGGUCAAAGCCCACUUGCUGGAUAAUGUCGAGAUCUUCGAUGGUUUCGCCGUAGCAAUCCUUCACGUGGAAACGUCCGUCAAAGAGUCGAGAGGAUCCGUGGCGGCCAUAGCCACCGCGGCCUCCGCGAGAAGCCAUGCUUCUGUAUCUUCCGCGGGCUUGCUCAAUACUGACAUCUGCAGGGUCCAAUCCGACAUACAGCUGCACUGGCUGAGGCGCUUGUUGCCAUUUGUUCAAAUCACCACCCUUGCCGCAGCCAACGUCAAGAAUGAGUAGUUCGCGGCCGCUCGAUCUACCUGCCUCUCGUGAACCGGGAGCGUGGUCCUCGUCGGGAGAGUAUCGCUGGAUGAUGCAGCUUUUGAUCCAGUUGUUAAAUUUUCGGAGUCCCUUGAUGUUGCUGUCGGUAGUUCGCCACUCGCGUCCUCUCUCAGGGACAUUGUUAUAGUGCUGGCGCACAACGUCGUGGUUCUGGCGAGGUCUAUUCUCGUUCAUGGCAGCAGCGGCUUGCGCCGACUCUCGGUCGCGCUGGAUCUGGCGUUGGCGGAUGGCCUCACGCUCGGAUUCGGAGAUUCUGGCACGGGCACCAGGUCGUUUCUGCUUUCUAGGCUGUUCAGAGGGCGAGACGGCUCUUCGCUUUACUUGCAGAGAGCUUGCAUUGUAGGGUUGCGGCAGGUCUUGGGUUUCGUUGUUGGACUGUCUAGAAUUGUCGUCGUCACGACGGCGAUCUCUGUCUCUAUCCCCCGAGGGCCGAUAGCGAUCAUCAGCCAUUACGUAUGCUGGUGUUUUAUGUGUAUGUUUGGGUUCGUUUGGGCUUGUUGUGUAACGCAAUUGGUUGUC